UUUACAAUGGAGGACACAAUUGAAAAACUUCCCGAAUCAAAAGAUGUGCCAUACCAGCGUCCCGUAAAGCUUGACGAUGCUCUCUUGAUGACCAAAUUUGGUAUUUACAAUCUAGUGUUGAUCACCAUUUCCGGCACCAUUCUCGCUGCGGUACUGCUGGAAACGUUGGGCAUUAGCUAUGUGCUCCCGGUAGCCGAGUGCGAUCUUUUGCUGACCACGAAAGAAAAAGGGGUCCUUAGCGCCAUUUCGUUCGCCGGUAUAAUUAGCAGUUCCCACUUGUGGGGUUUUCUGGCUGAUACCCGGGGGAGAAAGACUGUCAUAGUUCCAACGCUGUUUCUAGCGUUUGCCUCAACUGUGGUGUCGAGUUUUACCACCAACUUUUGGCUGAUCACCGUGAUGCGGUUUUUGACGGGAUUCUUUAUAUCUGGAUCGUCUGCCACCAUUUACGCUUAUUUGGGAGAGUUUCAUGCAAAACGUAACAGCUCACGGGCCAUCAUGGGUGCUUCGUUCGUCUUCGGAGUUGGUUGCAUCUUACUGCCCCUGAUAGCAUGGUCGGUAAUUAAUCAGGAGUGGGAAUUUAACGUCCCACUGCUCAACAUCGUGUAUCGUCCUUGGCGAUUGUUUCUGGUAGUAUGUGGGCUACCGAGUUUGGUGUGCGCCCUCGCGUUGCUGCAGUUUCCGGAAAGCCCAAAGUUCCUCUUCUCGCGGGGUCACGAGCAGGAAACGAUCGCGAUCGUGCACAAGAUGUACCGCUGGAACACCGGCGGUAAAGGUCCUAAGCUAACCUUCACUGCCCUACUGCAGGAGACCGAAGCACAGCAAACGAAAGUUCAGCGGGAGGAAGCGGCCAACAAUAAGAGUAGCCUGUGGUUGCUGAAACAAAUGUGGCAACAGACAGCACCGCUGUUCAUGGGACCAUAUUUGAAGCGUACGACCAUCAUCUGCGUGCUACAGUUCGGGAUCUAUCUGACGUCCAAUGGAAUGUACAUGUUCUUCCCCGACAUCCUGAACCGGAUCGCUGAGCUGGAGGAUAGGGGUGUCGAAAGGACAACGGUUUGUAAUGCUGUAUACGCUACUCGGAUGAACAUUCCUCUGGAGAGCGGGCCCAAUGCGACAGCAUUACCUGAAGUGUGCCACCAGAAGCUGGACAUUUCCGCCUAUGAGCAUUCGUUCGUACUAGAAACGAUUUAUGCGCUCGGAUUUGCCGUCAUCGGACUUAUCGUGAACGCCGUUGGUCGGCUACCGAUUCUACUAUUCAUUUUUGGAUUUUGUGGCAUCUGCGGCAUACUCAUCGUCUUCAUCGAUUUGCCCCUGCUGGCGAUCUGGUUCUAUCUGAUACUGCUGACGUGCGGAUUUUGCAUCAGUGUUGUAAACGCUUGCACGGUAGACCUUUUUCCGACCAACUUACGUGCGAUGGCCGUUUGCAUUUCGUUGAUGUUCGGAAGACUGGGCAGUGUUGUGGGUGCAAACAUCGUUGGCAUUCUGCUGGAUUCCCACUGCGAGCUUACAUUCUGGAUAUCUGGAGUUUCACUGAUAGGCUGCGGGGUGCUAUCAUUCUUUAUUCCAAAUAUCUACAAGAGAAACGGCUCAGACGAUAGGAUUAGUAUCUCAUCGCGAUGAACAACAAAUCAUCAUGCACGCGAUUGUAAUGAUGUGUACAAAACUAAUAUGUGCAAACAUAGUUCUAAAGCCUGAUGCUGCAAACUUAC